GAUCAAACCACUUGCCCUUCAUUCAAAGGUCACCGAAACGGUCGUCCUGUACUGAUACCAUUGCCCAAUACACUUGUACACACCUGGCGCAUUGGCUAGUCUUGCCUGCCUGCACAGGACCACGCAUGUGUCGCAUGUGUGUGGCGCGACAGAACGAAGGAAAGGAGCACACACCAGGAAAGGCAAAGGCGUGACGGCACCACAGGUGGCCGGGCAGGCAGGCAGUCGAGAGGAGCACCACACAGUCGAUUCUGACGUGCUGAGGUGUCGCAUGCUGGAAAAACAGCAGGCAGCUGGCCACAGUCAGUGGAUCAUCAAUGCAAGGCUGGCCUCCGAUGCACCCGGCCCAUCCACCCAUCCAUACACUCAUGCUACCUGUUAGAAAAUGACCCUGCACACGUGCGGCAGUCAGCGUUCACACCAGAAAGCCCUCUCGCCGCGUUCUUGUCGGACGCGGGCAGGUCUUAGUGACAAAGAAUGAGGAACAAAUCUAACAUAAAAAACCGUAACAAGCCCUUUCUCUCUUUCCUCCUCGGUGCACACUACAUGCACCACACUGCACCCAGCACGCACAAAUCACUCGGCUCGGUACGAAUGGACAGCAGCAAGGUUUGUGAAGGAGUGAGUGGAAUGGAUAAAGAGCGUAAACAGUAAUGCCUACGACCAAGAGGAAGACGACGACACAAAGAAGAAGAGCAAGAAGAAGAACAAACAACAGUGUACACCACGCCAGCCAUACGCGUGUAUGUAUGCGUGUACGACGAGUGUAUGUGUGUAUGGCCCUGAAUGCCUAGCUAUCUAUCUAUCCACAGACUGCACAGGAAAAAAUACUCGUGUACGUAUACAUAUGUAAUGUAUAUGUAUAUACAUAUAUAUGUACACAUAUAUGUAUGUAUGCAUGCAUGUAUGUAUGUACGUAUACGUAGUAUGGGUACACAAUAUCGAAAAAUGAUCGUCCACGGACUAUUGAUCAUCGAUCAUCGAACCCACCGUGUCUUCUGUGUGUCACACGAACGACGACAUCGGCUGCUGUGUCGUCUGCGUGAGGCACUGGUAGACCAGUGGAAGUGACUCUAGCGAACAGCACCGCACACGCCACGUCACGCCACCACGAGUAGAUAUCACCUGCACCCAUCCAUUCACCAACCACUCACGCACAAACUAUGUAUAGAUGCCGUGGGCUGUGUGUUGUGUUGGUGGGGUGACGUACGAUUUCGAGUUUCUUGUCUCCUUUCAGAGAGGCCUCGAAGAUGUCCCGCCCGUUGAGGUGCUCGCGGACUCGCCUUUCUCUCUUCGGCGAGGGGAAAGAAACCAUACGACCAGACCGGCACGAUACCUGCACACACACACACACACACACAAAUGAGAGUGUGCAGUGAAGGAACGGGCCACGCAUGCCAAGCCGACACCCAUCCAUCGAUUCCUCGCCCAUAUAGAUGCAUACAUACCAUUUGCAGGCAUGAAGCGAGAACUUCGGUGGGGUGGGGGUCAAACAGCAACACGUCCCCUCGGCUGCACACGCAAAGCGUCCUCCUCACCCACCCGCCAUGCCAUUUCUUGAGCAUCACCUGUCAAGACAGACAUGCAACACCCGCCCUCCUGUCUGUCUGUCUGUCCGUCUGUCCGUCUGUCUGUCCAUUCCAUUAAGAAUAUAUUGAGCAUACCUGCGCGCGGCACUGACACAUCAGGCUGGAAUCACUGCUGCUGACGCUCCCGGGUGUCGUAUCCUCAGCCAACAGACCGCCCUCGCCUGGCGACCAUGACGCUCUCAGGGGGGACUCGCAUGUUCUCGUUGAGGCGCUCUCGAUCCCGGACAGCAGAAGGGGCUUGGUCAGCCGGUGUGCAAAUCUGUCCUCCGCCUCUUCCCCGCCCGCCUCCGCGUCAGGAUGCGUGAAGAGGCUGCCGGCCGAGGUGUGUCCCGCUGGCGAAAGCAGCAAGGGCGAAGUGGGGUGGUCGACGUGCAGAGGGUGGUCGGACAGCAGCAGCUGUGACUGGGACAGGGGCGGUGGCUCACUCCACGCCUCUUCAGACUGCUGAACUGGAGAGAAAGACGCCAUGCGGCCGAGUGGUGCGGGUCGGGUAGCAGCACUUAUCAGAUAUGCCGGGACUGACUGUUCUCGGGUUGUCCUUGGUCCGCGAUGAAACCGAGCUGCAGCAGUUGGCGGAAGUCACCGAAGCGGGAAAAAUUGCGGGACACAGCAGUUGGCGGAAGUUCCCAAUACGCAUCGCGCCUCGUGCGUAUCGGCAGAUCCACAAGUGAUCCUGGGGAACG